AGUUUGCAUUUUACAUGGAUUGUUUCUAUUCUCACUUGACAUGUCAAUGAGGCCAUACAGUAAUGCAUAUGUUGAUUUUUUUUGUCCCUCAAAAGAAUGCAACGUCUUCCUCCCUCUGGGGGAAGAGGUAAGCUCCUUAAUCAUCAACAAGAGCUUGCCAUAGUAGAUAUGGUUGUUGCAAAUAACGCAAUUAAACUGCAUGAGAUUCAAAGCAGAAUUUUGGAGGACCAAGAGAUAUUUCACAAUAUCAAUAGCAUCAGCCUCGCAACCAUUACGCGGACAUUGUCCAAACACAGAGUGCGGAUGAAACAGCUCUACACUGUUCCCUUUGAGAGGAACAGUGAGCGAGUCAAGGUGCUACGACAACAAUAUGUCCAGAGAGUUAUGGAAUUGGAGGCCAACCAGGCCCCUCAUGAAUUCGUAUACGUGGAUGAGGCAGGAUUUAAUCUGGCCAAAAGGCGUCGACGUGGAAGAAAUGUCAUUGGAAAAAGGGCCACAGUUGAUGUUCCUGGACAGAGAGGGGCAAAUAUCACUAUGUGUGCGGCAAUUUCAAAUGCAGGAUCACUCCUCCACAAAUGUCAGGUUGGACCUUACAACACCGAGCGCCUCCUUGCUUUUCUCGAUGAUCUCCACCAGCGCCUGGUUCCAGAGCAGGAUCAGGAGGGUGAAAACAGGAGGACCUUCGUUAUCACCUGGGACAACGUGGCCUUCCAUCACUCACAAGCAGUUACAGCAUGGUUUGAGGUCCACCCAAGACUGAUUUGUCUAUUUCUUCCACCCUAUUCACCUUUCCUCAACCCCAUAGAGGAGUUAUUUUCUACAUGGAGGUGGAAAGUCUAUGACCAUCAGCCACAUGACCAGUUGUCCCUCCUUGAAGCCAUGGAUGCUGGCUGCAGGGACAUCACAGUUGAUGAUUGUCAAGGGUGGAUCAGGCAUUCCAAGCGGUUUUAUCCAAGGUGUAUCGCCUUGGAUAACAUCAGAUGCGAUGUGGAUGAAAACUUGUGGCCUAACCCUGAAGAUCGCAGGGAUUAGAUAAAGGAAUUUUGUGCUUUUUUUUAGUUCUCCCUUUUUACUGGGCUUUUUGCUGUUGCUUUUUU